AUGGAUGAAAUUGGUGAGUCAUUCGAUUCGAUUUUUACUGCUGGGCUCAAUUUUGUCUCUCGUCUUGGUAGCUCCUCAUGGAUCUGGCCGAUUCAUCCAGAAGGUGUUUCAAAUGCACUUGCACGCAUGAGUUUACUCAAGAAAGCGCCUACACCAGGCAUCAACAAUUCAAAAGACUUCCUAGGAGCUGCAAAAUGGCCCCGGCUGGAUGCCAAGAAUGCACCUACUAGCAUGGCAUUUUCGAGUAUGCAAUUCCACUGCCUGCAAGCCUCAUUCGUGUCUUCUGACCAGGUCUACGAGCCAUUCAGCGAAGAGUCUUCCAGCACUUAUCCAGAAGAUAAGGUGGAUGAUGGGGUGGAGACGAGGGACAGGAAUGGUCCCGAGGAUCCGGUCAACAGAUAUCCGGUAGAGGAGGACGAGCCGGUAGAUGGCAAUUUACCCAUUCCAGUAUCCAAUGCCAAUCUUGGCACAGCGUCUGUGGAAAUAGAUAAAGGCUUAUCCCUGGCCCAGCGCAGAACCAAAUGUACUGGCAUUUGCAUGCCACAGCAGUAUAGACAGUAUGAGGAUAUCCUCCUACAGCCUCCCCCAAGUGUUCCGAGCCAUACUGCCCAACACCUGGAGUCUGCCCCACCCGCAAAAUCCAUUGACAUGCCUACCACUGAUUGUACAUUAUUGUGUCCUGCUCCUUUCCGUACGGCAAGGAAUGUUUUUGGACUCGUGCGCCAGUUCUUUUCUUCGAUUCCCCCAUCCCAUGACCUGGAAGAGGCUGUAACAUUCCAAGAUAUCAACUCUAUCCCCUCUGUGGUUCCAGUAGAAUUGGAUAGCCAUGCCAAACCUCGUGACUCAUUUUACCCAUAUCCUAAUCAAAUGUCGGCCAUUGAUUUUGAUCCAGACGAUGUGCGACACACGCACUGGGACAAGAUCAAUUCGCAAUUAGGCGCAAGCGAUAAUGACGAGGAAGGAUAUGAAUGGGAGGAUGAUGAUGCAGGUUGGCGCAAGACAGAAGUAAACAUCCAAGUACCUUUCUCUCAGACUACAGCUCAGCCAGACACUCGACUUUAUGAUGCAGCUCAACUUUAUCAUCGACCUCUCGUAUCAGUUAUUCGGGAGAAACUCGCCAAUGCCCAUGACGAUGAACAUCUUCACUAUGAGCCUUACCAGCUGCGAUGGAGCCCCCCCCCAUCUACCCCAUGA